AUCUUCCUCAGCCACCAACCUAUUCUCACUUUUACACCCAACCCCUCCAAAAAAGUAUAAAAUCACAACAUCACCCCUCUCCACCACAGCUAAAAACUACUAAGCGAGGACUCGUUAGACAUUACAGUUAUAUCCAGGGUGCAAUCUGCAAAAGUCUCAUCCCCAAAUCCCCAAUUCUUCCCCGACCUCUCGCUCGCGGAGGAGGAGCGAGAAUCCCCGAACCCUAGGCCCGAUCUCCCGCACCCGCCGCGGGCGAUGGACGGAGGCGGAGACCCCGUUGACGAGUUCCUCAUCGGCGGCGGCGGCGAGGACGGCGACCUCGGCGUCUUCUGCGACGGUGUGCCGACGCUGCCCUGCGAUGGAGGACUUGGGAUUGAUGAUGUCAGUGGAGAUACUUGUUGCCUUGACCAAUCUGUUUUAGGGAAAAGAGGUAGAGAUGAAUCAUCAUCAUCUGGUCCAAAGUCCAAAGCUUGCCGUGAGAAAAUUCGGAGGGAUAGACUGAAUGACAGGUUCCUUGAGUUAUCUUCCGUUAUCAAUCCUGACAAGCAAGCUAAGUUGGAUAAAGCAAAUAUCUUGAGUGAUGCAGCUCGUCUGUUGGCAGAACUCAGAGGCGAGGCAGAAAAGCUUAAAGAAUCUAAUGAGAAGCUACGAGAAACAAUCAAGGACCUUAAGGUGGAGAAGAAUGAACUCCGUGAUGAGAAAGUUACUCUGAAGGCAGAGAAGGAGAGGCUGGAACAGCAAGUUAAAGCAUUGAGUGUUGCUCCUACAGGAUUUGUUCCUCAUCUCCCUCAUCCAGCUGCAUUCCAUCCCGCUGCAUUCCCUCCAUUUAUACCACCUUAUCAAGCUCUGGGCAACAAAAAUGCUCCUACGCCCGCAGCAUUCCAAGGGAUGGCAAUGUGGCAGUGGUUGCCUCCAACUGCUGUGGACACAACUCAAGAUCCAAAGCUUUGGCCACCAAAUGCUUAAUUAGGUGCAGACUAGCUAUGCUGCUAUUCAUCCAUUGGCAGAUCAAAAUGUGUUCGGUCUUCCUGGAGAGUAAAAUAGUCCGCGAUGCUGUCCAUUACGUGGUAAACUGUUCUUUUAUUGGAGUUCUGUUUUUAACUCGUCCUAUUGAGGGGCGAUGCCUGUAAUUAAUCUGGAUCGUAACCCUCUUGCCUGGUGAAUGCUCCACAAACUCUCAUGUCCCUCGCAUGAGUUUGUUCAAGUGUGGAAGUUGUGACUGUGCUAUUAUUUUAGCAUUGGCUUGGCAGUACUUGUUCUGUUUCUAGCAAGAGUUUCGCAUGUGAGCACAUGCAUAGCAAUAUAGUAUGUUCUAAAUUAGUUCAUUACAUUAUCCUCAAAUUCAGAGCUGAUAUAUGGUAGUAUUUGCUUGUGAUGUUGAAAA